GGCCCCGCCCCACGGAAGCGGAAGUAGUCCGGAGUGGUGAGGGUUCCCGGUGAGGAGGAGAGAGGAUGGUGUCCUGGAUGAUCUCCCGUGUUGUGGUCCUUUCAUUCGGUUUGUUGUACCCAGCAUAUUCCUCAUACAAAGCUGUCAAAACCAAGAAUGUGCGAGAAUAUGUGCGCUGGAUGAUGUACUGGAUCGUGUUCGCACUCUUUAUGACAGUAGAAACGUUUACAGAUGUUUUCAUUUCAUGGUUCCCAUUCUACUAUGAGAUAAAAAUGGCCUUUGUCAUCUGGUUGCUGUCUCCAUACACAAGAGGGGCCAGCCUUCUGUACAGGAAAUGUAUCCAUCCUGCACUGUCCCUAAGGGAAAAGGAGAUCGAUUCUUAUAUUGUACAAGCAAAGGAGCGAGGCUACGAGUCUGUGGUCACUCUUGGUCGAAGGGGACUGAAUAUCGCAGCUUCUGCUGCCGUGCAGGCUGCCACCAAGGGACAAGGAGCCCUGGUUGGGCGUCUGCGCAGUUUCAGCAUGCAAGAUCUAAGGGAGCUCCCGGAUGAUGCCCCACUACACUACAGAGACCCACUUUAUCCAGAUGGCGCUGAUCUCCAGCGACGCCCCAUUAGUUAUCCCGCUCAGUCCCAAGCCGACAGUGACUCUAUGGAUGAGAGGUGGUCGGAUUCAGAAAGCAGAACUGCAGCGAGAACACGGGGCGGUCUACCUUCAAAACCAUUGCAGAGGAGCCAAAGCCUGAAGGUCAGCAAGAAGAAGGUGCUGAGUAGAGAGGCAUCUGUAAAGAGCAGCAGAACGCGAGCGAAGAAGAAGGUGGUUCAGUCUGAUGCAGAGAUGUAACCAAUGGAAACUAGGAGUAUAGCGGAGGAACUGACUCCACUCGAGUCCUCAAAGAAAGCUGAAAACACUGAAUUUUAUUUUCCUGCUCACACUGGCUGUGUGUUACAAGGCAUGCCUUCACAGUGUGCGUCAUCUGUAAAUAUUGGAUAUGUGUUGCUGUCUGUCACUAUGUCUGAUGGGAUAUGUCAAUGUAUACACAUGCAUAUCUAUGGAUAUGUCUCACUCUGCACAUACAAUUGUUUUGUUUUUUUUGUUUUUUUUUCUUUAAAGCUCCAUUUAUCCUUUUGCCUGGAAAGCCAUAAUUCUCAUUGCUACCUGUCUUUAGAUCCUCAUAAUUCAUCAGUAAUAAUGGGAGUGGUUUACCGAGGCCCCUCCCUCGGUCUGCUGUACAGUGCUGUUAACGCAUGACUACAUGGAUGGGCUUGAUUCCCAGAACUAGAAUCUAAUGGAUGGGGCUAAAUGUCUUACCUCUCUAUAUAUCCUAUCUGUUCCUGUCACAUUCCCUUACUCUUAAUUCCCUAAUUUUUAUUUUGGGAGAAUAAAGUCUUAAUUCCAGGUAGAGACCAAUUUCUCUAAUGAACUCGGUUUGAUUGGAAUUCUGCAUGUGUGGAACUGAUUGGGGGAAAAUUGACACUUCCAUUUUAAGCGAUUUCUUAUGCAAUUCCCCCACAUCAUACUUUUUUAUUUUUUCUCUGUCUAUACUAAACUUUUACGCCUCAACCAGGAGUCAGAGAAGCCGCUGCACUGCGCGCCUCCAUGUACUGAACAACUUGUUUAAGACUGCAGUGCAAACUUUGUAUGUUGAACACUGCCAAAGAAGUCAGUAUGUCUCCUGUACAGUAUAAGGUGUGUUACUCCUAUUGAGUUUUUUUUCCUCACUAUGGGGUUUCUGGUUCUGUCUCCUGAAGAUAUAUUUAAUCUUUGCUGUUUUCUUUGAUGCACCUUUCUAUUCUCAGCAUUGGGCCACAUGUUCUAGAGACUUUCAUACUAUGCAUUUUUCGUAGUGAAGCAGCCGAUGGAAAUCCAAAGAGAUGUGAGCAGUCUCUGGGAAACAUGCAGCUCAGGAUUGACUUAAA